UCCACGUCCGGAGUUUUUCCGUGAUGCGUUCUGCACCGCGGACCCCGGGGCGCGUCCAGGUCGCACUGGGCCCGGGCGCGGCCAAGCAGCCCGCCGCCAGCACGCCGCCCGGCGCGGCAGGUGGAGGUGCGGCCGGGCGGCCGGGCAGCCGCGCCCCGUCCCCGCGGCCAGGCCCGCCGCCGCCGCCGCACUUGGGAAAGUUUCCGCGCCGCCCGGCCGGCGGCCCCCAUGCGCCGACAGUCGCCGCCCGCGCCCCCGCCGGCCGCCCGCGCCCCCGCCCCCGCCGGCCGCCCGCCUCACCCGGCUCCCGCCGCCGAGGUCCGUCCGCGCCCGCCGCCGAGAAGCCGGGACGCUCGAGGCGCGGCGCCCGGGCCGCCGCUGCUAUAUAGGGCGGCGGCUCCAAUCCCGCCGAGACACGUCAGACCGGCCGCCGCGCCCCGCCCGCCGCGGUCCCGCGCCGGAGUCCCGGCCGCCGACGCGGCCAGCCGGGCAGCGCAGCCGCGGGCGCACGGGGUGCAGCCUGCGCCCGCAGGGGGCGCCUCGCGCGGGGCCCUGCCGGCCGCACCCUCGCUCCCAGCCGCGGCCCUCUCCUCCCGCCGCCGCGCCGGGGGCCCUCCGGAAACCGAAGCCGCUUCCUUCGCCGCGCGCACCCGAGGGCCCACCUCCGCGCACAUGCCGGCCCUGGGGUGCCACGCGUGUCCCCUGCGGUCAGAGCGGGAGGCGGCGGAAGCCCUGCCCUCGGGGGCUGCCUCCCCAGUGCGCAGUGCUCCUCGGUUCUGCAUCUGAUAAUUGACAGCUAGAAGUUCAUGCAGAGACCAGCCGCCUCUGCUGAGGAGCUAGCUUUACUGCACUGAAACCAGUGGUGUGUGAACAGACUUCAGGACUUGCAUGUCCAGCGAUAUUCAGACCAGAUGAUGUGUGGACUUUCUGGCUACUUCAAAAGGCCAACACUGGUCUGUGACUUUCGUGUUCUCAACACUCAGGGGACAGGGGAGAAGCUUCCGACCUGCUCAAGGUAAAAAUAUUAGAACAGACACACCCUCUUACCCCGUCCCAUCAUAAUCCCUUCAAUAGAGAACAGAAAAGCCGCUGAGCACAGGUACACUGGCUGGGCCGGGGGCUCCCCAUGUCUCUGAGGCUGGAGACGUGAGAUGAGGACUCUGCAAAGGUCUGGGCUCGAAUCCCCACCACCCCUUUGGUCCAGGAACCCAAACUGAGAAAUCAAACUCAGGAAGGAAUGAUCCUCAUACCAGGCUGAAAUGGACGCCCACAUCAACCCACACCGGAGAAGCUCAAAGUCCAAAGUUCCACAAGAAGCUGAAGGGCUGGUGAUGCAGCUCAGCAGAAGGGCGCUUGACAAGCAUGUGAAAAGGACUGGAUUCAACCUCCAGCACAUCUCCCCCUCCCACACCCCCACACCCCAAUUUUUUAAAAUCAAGACAAAUGAAAUGACUCAAGAACCUGAGAUAAGCCAGGUGUGAUGGCAAUAUGAAUGUAAUCCCAGGGACUCGGAGGCUGAGGCAGGAGGAGCAAAAGUUCAAGGCCAGCCUCAGCAAUUUAGUGAGAUCCUGUCUUAAAAUAAAAGUGAAAAUUCUCGGGAUGUGGCUCAGUGGCUGAGCACUUACUCAGCAUGCUCAAAGGCCUGGUUUCCCUCUUCACUACCGAAUAAAACAACACUCUCUGAUUCCAAAAAACAAAGGCUGUAAGGAUAAAGUACUGCACAUCAAAGCAUCCUCCAGCAGUCAGCACUAAGACUGGGAGUGCUUGGCACAGUGGGUCUCCCAUACAGUGCAGUCGGAAGUCGGGACAGAGAAAGUUCUCAUCCUUCCAACAGCCACGUAUUAUAUAUGACUAUAUGAUUAGCAUAACCCCCUUUUAUGACUAAGUUUAUUUACACUUGGCCUAAGUGACUUGUAGAAUAUCCUAAUACUGAACACAUCAAAACGAGGUUCUUUGCUUUGGUUCAGAUGUGUUUUUUGUUAUAUGUACACAUCACUCAAUAAGGUAAAGUAGACCAAGUUCCAAGGAGAAAGAAAAACAGCCUUAGUUCCAUUUCUUUUCAAGGCAUAAAGGGUAACUUAGUAUUUUCUUCAAUGACACAGUUACUGUGGUUCAUUUCUCAGAGGCAUGUAUUACUCAUGUGAAAAUAUGUAACUUACAUGUGAGUUCAGUCACGUGGGUCCCCACAAGUAUGAACAGACUGCCUGAAGAGCACUGCCUGUGUUCAGAACUCUGCCCAGACUGGGCCACCAUGUCUGGCUACUGAAGCUCUCAACUUCUGCAAUUCACACUUGCAAACUCUGUGAGCCUUUCUGUAAGACCGAGGAGCACUAUCUAAGAAAACCUGCCUAAGGUUUUCUUACUGUCUGGGGGGCUAUACUUUACUUUCCACUAAGUGAAUAACUUAACAUAGCACUCUGCAAUAUUAAUUUUAUGAAUGCUGAAAUAAUCAGCACAUUUAUAUAGUUAAGUAAAGAAUAUUUACUUAGAAUCUAAUUAAAAAAUAUAAGUCAGAGUCAGGUGUGGUAGUACAUACCUAUAAUCCUAACAACUCAGGAAGCUUGAGACAGGAUUUUGAGUUUAAGGCUAAUCUCAGAAACUUUGCAAGACCCUGUCUCAAACUGAAAAAUAAAAAUACAAAAGGGUUGGGAGUGUGGGUGUGCAGCUCAGUGGUAAAAACUCUGGGUUUAAUCCCCAACAUAAAAACAAACAAAAAAUCAUGUCAGAGUUGGCCACAGUGGUGCAUGGCCCACCUGUGACCCCAGUGACUCAGCAGGCUGAGGCAGAAGGUCACAAGUUCAAGGCCAGCCUAGGCAACUUUGUGAGACCCUACCUCAAAAUAAAAAAUGAAAAGGGUUGGAGAUGUAGAGAGUACCCUGGACUCAUCCUCAGCAUCAACACAGACCACGCCUCAGAUAAAUACAUCUCGUGAUGCUUUUUUCUUUUUUUCAAAAAGAGGAAGGGACAAAUGAAUAUUGAUGAAUUUCCACAGCAAUCC